GAUAAAAGGCUGUUAAAAAUCGAUCCUGCAUGUGGUCGCGCCGAGUUUCAAGGCCGUCUCGUAGACGCAAUCUCAUCCAAUUGGCGGUCGUUUUUUAUAAGUUGCUUUAACGUUGUGUCCGAGUUCUGUAAGGCUGCAUUGUAAAGCCGCCGUGAGACUGUUGUGGAGUUUCUGCUCGUGCAAGUUUACCUACUGCUUGCUAUUCGUUGAGGUUUUUUGUGUUUGUUAGUUGUUGGGUUUUUUUCUUCUGUGGUCGUCAGUGACAUCUGAUUAGUUUGUUUGACCAUUUUACAUAACUGUGAUAUAGUGUAAAUUACUAUAUAUAGAUCUCUGUACAUUUCCCAAUCACUUUGUAGGCACGCUGACGGACAGACGUACAUAAUAUUAUUACAUCUCUUUGAAUUCUAUUAAUCUGGGCUCGGUGUGCUGUUCCAAUGUGACUCCAGUCGGAUGUGGUAUUUCGUACAUGAUACGUCGUUACUCUCCUGAAGCAAAGGCGAAUAAAGAGUUUGUACAGGAAAAUUGUCCACAUUCGCUCUUCGUGCUCAGACUGAAUAGAGGCAACCUCAGCCGGUUGCUUGCUUGUUAUCUGUUGUUAUCGGCGUGUUGAGAUUUUGCUGUGGUCCACCUGGUUUAUCUGGGUCUCUGUUUUGACCUACCGUGGUCGAAAGUGAUCUAAAGGUCUGACCUUUCAGAACCAGGACUUCUCGUUGUGAAGAUUGGCCUCGAGUAUGAUAUAUCCAUGAUUGGUGCUCGGAUAUAUCCAUGCUAGGGCUCAAAGGCCACUGACUUAUUUCUCCAGAUUUUUACUAAUUACUACUACGUUGUCGAACAUGGCAAUGCAAAGCGGUACUCCCGUGAAGACCAAAGACGCCAGCUGCAACACGACCACUAAGUCCAAAGAAACAUCUAGGAAAAGUGUUGGAAGAAUAAUCAUCGUAAAAAGUAUGCCUCGGUCUGGUAUGCCGCCUCCUCCACCUGGAAUUGGGAUUGACCGGAAGAGGUCUGCCACACAAGACCUCCGACCCUCACAGGCCAUCAAGUCAAAGAGAAAGAAGAAAAUUGCAGACAAAAUUCUUCCACAGAGGGUGAGAGAUCUUGUUCCGGAGUCUCAGGCCUACAUGGAUUUGCUUGCUUUUGAAAGGAAAUUAGAUGCUACCAUCAUGAGGAAGAGACUGGAUAUCCAGGAAGUGUUGAAGCGGCCUAUGAAACAAAAACGCAAGCUGAGGAUUUUCAUCUCAAACACUUUCUUUCCUCCAAGGGAGGUUGAGGAGGGUGAGGAAUCUGUUCCAUCUUGGGAAUUGCGUGUAGAAGGUCGACUGCUGGAAGAUGCUGCUUCUGCCAAGCUGAGUGAUAGCAACAAAAUAAAGCGCAAGUUCUCAUCAUUCUUCAAGUCUUUGGUGAUUGAGCUUGACAAAGACCUCUACGGUCUGGACAAUCAUCUCGUUGAGUGGCAUCGUACCCACAGCACUCAGGAAACAGAUGGGUUUCAGGUGAAACGACCAGGAGACCAAAACGUGAAGUGUAAGGUCUUGCUGAUGUUGGAUUAUCAGCCAUUACAGUUCAAGUUAGACCAUCGCUUGGCUCGACUGUUGGGUAUCCACACUCAGACACGGCCCUUCAUCAUCAGUGCCCUGUGGCAGUACAUCAAGACACACAAGCUGCAGGACUGUCAUGAGAGGGAAUUCAUCAACUGUGACAAGUACUUUGAGCAGAUCUUUGAAUGCAAGCGCAUGAAGUUCUCAGAGAUUCCCUCUAAACUGCAGCCGCUUCUGAUGUCACCAGAUCCCAUCAUCAUUCACCAUGUUGUCACGGUGGAAGGUCCUGAUGCAAAGAAAACAGCCUGCUAUGACAUUGAUGUUGACAUUGAUGAUCCCUUGAAACAGCAAAUGAGUUCUUUUGUGAUGUCCACCCAAAACCACACCGAGAUUGCUAAUUUGGAUGCGAAAAUCCACGAGACUGUUGAAAACAUCAAUAUGUUGAAAACUCAAAGAGAGUUCUUCUUAGGAUUUGCUAAAGACCCUCAAGAGUUCAUCAGCAACUUCCUGAUUUCUCAGACAAGAGAUCUGAAAACCAUGACAGAUGUUGUGGGCAACCCUGAGGAAGAGAGAAGAGCUGAGUACUUCUAUGAGCCUUGGACCAAUGAAGGAGUCAACAGAUAUUUCUAUUCACUGGUUCAAACGCGCAGAAUGGAGCUGGAGCAGGCCCUAAUGAUGCGCAAUGGUGGAAAUGGCAGCAUCUGAUCAUCUGUCUCUUUGUGUACAUAGCUUCAAGUCAACCCGCAUUUUCAUUGAUCAAUGUCAUGCGUCGUAAUGACGGUCGGAUGAUUGUUGAAGUCCGAACUGCAUUAUUUUUUUAAUUUUUACAUAAUACAUCUUUGUAAGAGAUGGGAGGGAAUUUUGACAAAUUGAAUGAGGCCUCCAGAAAAUGCUCAAAGUUGACAUUGCUUGUGCGCUGACUUUUAAGUAUGAUUUCAGUGCAUAUUCUGUAGCAAUGUGUUUUUCAGUGUCUACCUAGUACUGCAAACAUUUCUAAUAUAUUUGGCCUGUGCAGGUUCCCAACCUUACAAUUACAAAAAAAAUGUUUUAUAUUGUUUUUGUUAACAUGUUUUGUGGCUGUCCAUGUUGGAAGAUUUGGUUGUUCCAUGAAGAGUGACUACACAUACUUUCUUUUUGAAAAGACUUAUUUGAUGUCAAUUUGAUUAUAUGUCAGAAGUCACAGCGAGUUCAUGCGUCUCAAAAUUACUUUCAGCAGAGACACAAUUGAGAGUCUAUAAAGUUCAGUUCAAAUUUUUACACUUUACUUGGGGAGGUCAACUACUCGUGCCCCUUUUAAUUCUGUAGAGGUGGGCUUUUACGUAUGAAGCCUAUAAGGAUAGGGUUGUUGACAAAUGAAAAAGAAAAGGAUAGGAAUGCCAACUAGAGUUCAAUUGCUUUCUUCGGGUUGUCUCUGUAGUUUUUAAUCAUGUGUCACUCUAACAACAGAUUUGCUAAAUUGCUUCCCUUCAAGAACAAACAACAGUUGGCCAGUCCAUCCUUUUGUAUGAUUGAUAUCUACAAUAUGAAAUUACAUUAAUAUGUGUUGAUGUCAGUUUGACGCCACUCAUUUAUAUAAUUUAAUAUGGUGCUAUAUGAAACAAUUUACAGUUUUGAUGUGCAGCUGAGAAAUACAGAUUUUGCAUAGUUAAUAUCAAAGAUUGGAUUUGGAUUUAAAUUUAAAGUGGGUAUAGUGAGUUCGAUUACAUUAAUGUGUUCAAUGUUUUUAUGUUUAAGUCAUGUAUGUGACCAAUUAUUGUGCUAAUAAAAAUGUGUACCCUAUUA